AUGGUGGGAAGAAGAAAAAAUCGUGCGGCUGCACAGCCUGCAGUUCGUACUCCAAGUAUUUCUACGCGAUCAGGGCGCACAGCUCAAGAUGUCAUUGCAACUCCUACCCGCGGCAGAGGUCGUGGAAGAGGUCGAGCUCGUGGUCGUGGCCGUUCCAGUCUACCUGGUCGUCUUCCAUCCGGCGUUGAAUCACCGCCAGAAGUUCGCUCGCUCAUUAUUAAAUUCAAAAUUCCCUCGCUAAAACUGCUGGAUCGUGCUUAUUCUGCUGAUUUUGAUGAGGGCGACGGCCAUGUGAAUGGUUUGCAAUCUCCACAGACUCCUCGCACACGGCGCCCUCGGCAACCUCGACCUGUGCCUGAGUCCUCACGGACUACUCGGCAGUCUGCCAGAUUGAAGCCCAAUGAAGAUGGUACCUUUGAUGAAGAUGUUUCGCCGACCAAAGUUGUCGAGCCCCAAUCUACUCACGAUGUGGAUAUGGAUGAUUCUCAUCUCUAUGAAGAGGACUAUAAGUCCGAACCUCCUAUUCAAAAAACCUCUCAAUCCCCAGAACCUCGUAUGGUUGCUUCUGCUCCUGCCUCACCUACAGCAGCCCAACUUGGGCCUGCUGAUGAGUUGGCCGGUGAAUUGGAUAUUCCCAUGAUCUCCUUUCCAGAACCGACUAAGGCGAAGGAUGAGGAGACUCCUGCAGCGAGCCCGAAACUUGACGAAUUUGAACAAGCACCUCUCAGUGCCGUGUCUUCACCUCGACUGUCACGUAAGCGCAAGUCGAUUGAAAUGCCAGAUGAGACUCCGGAAGUGGAACCCGAGGGAAAUAUUAACCGAAAGGUGCGAAUCGAUUACACUGAACCCGAAGAUAACCCAGAAAGCCCCAUGCAGAAUGGCAUGGAACUUGAUACGCAAAAUGAAACAUCCGCUGAGGAUAUCCCGAUUCCUUCUGAGGAGUUUGAUUCAACUGGCUACCCACCCUCUGCUCGAGGCGGCCGUGGAGGACGUGGUGGGACUCGCGGUGGUCGCGGCCGAGGACGAGGACGGGGUCGUGGCCGUGGAGGCCGCGGUGGGUUUGUCGGCCCAAUUCGACCUCCGGCAGUUGCCAAGGCUCGAGGUGGCCGAGGACGUGGCCGAGCCAAGCAGACUACUAUCAUUAAGCGUGGAAAGAAGAUCGAGGACGAAAUCUGGGACGCCGAAAACUGGCGUGGCCGGACUCCAUCACCUACUCCAGAAUCCCAGCCGCUCAAAACCCGCCAGGAAGAACUAUCUAUCCUAUUCAAGAAAGUUGGCCAGGCCCAGCAGAUUGCAUUGAGCGUAAUUGCCGAUCAGAAUAUGCACAAGCUUGCUCGCGACAAGAACGCACACAUGGAAUGUCCAGAGUUUACUCAAGUCCAGCAGGAACUGGAUGAUUAUGAACGCAAGGCAGUCGCAAGAUUGACGGCUGACCAUAAGAGGAGGUCUGCAUUGACAAUUCGGAAGCGCGAUGGUGAUCUUCAUAUUAUCAAGGAUUCUGCAGCGCAUAAGAUUGAGGAAGUCCAAGAAGAGAUGGUUACAAUGUUGAUGGGCAAAGUGAUGGCAUUGAUCCAAGGCCGCAGGGUGGCCGAAGACGAUGAACACACAGAGACCGAUACAUCCGAUUCAGAAAAGUCCGAGAAGCAAUUCCUUUUCCGUGACGGCGACACAGCCAUCCGCCAAGUCGAGCGCGGCUUCACCGCAGAAGCGGUUAGGGACCCAGAAGGCGCCAUUGAUUAUGACGCAGCAGCCGAAGGCUGGGACGAAUUUGUCCAAAAAGUCCGUAUGGGCAACCUCUCUGUGACAUCCGAACAAACAGACGAAGAAGCUCUGCGCGCCUUCACCACCAACACCUUCGAAAGCAUGCUGCACGCAGCAACCUUCAUCACCGACGCCGAAGCAUCCGGCAAAGUCAUCAACUUCGACGGGACCGCCGAAGUCCCCGUCGACCCCCGCGCCCUCUCCAUCCUGGCAGAUACAGCUCUGUCAGAACCAACCCCCCACCUCCCAAUGAUGCGCACAGAUCCCAUGCAGCGCAUCGUCCCCCAACACCAAGUCCACCUGGGUCCAACAGACCCUCGCUCCUUCAUCCUCCCCCGCCCAACCCCCACCCAGCCGCGGCGUCUCCUCCCCGCCCGCGGCAUGGGCCUCCCGGACCCCUUCGCCAUGAACGGUCCCCCGCAGCUGCCGCCUCCGCCGGGCUCCAACUUCGCCCGAUUGCCCCUGCCGGGCUAUCUGCCUCCUCCUCCGGGCCAUGCACCAGGCCACGCGCCGGGCCACCAAGCUGGCCACCCACCUGCCCACCAGCCCGGCCAUGCUCCGGGCCAUCCGCCGCCCCCGGGCCACGCGCCCUCUUUGUAUUUCCCGCCGCCGCCGCCUGGCUCGCACCCUCCGCGUCGGUAUUAG